UUUGAGGAACGGUUCAGUGGUUUACAAAUAUUUGAUACAUCACUUCAGUUUUUUUAAUCCGUUGAGGUCAGAGUUGCAUCAUGGCGGACAGUCGAACAAAGAUGGAAAAUAUUCUUGUACGCUGUAUAGAAAGUGUGGCAUCCCCGAAAAUUAGACAACGAAAAAUUGUGUUUGUAGAAUGGCUAUAUCCAUGCAUAGAAAUGAAAGAAUUUUCCCAGUUUGGUGUGAAGGCCAUGGCUAAAAUCAUUGAAGCAACAUUAUAUUUAUACAAUGAUAACUAUUCAAGAUUUUUGGUAAUUGAAUCUAUAAAAGCAGUAAUGAAGCAACAUUCCGUUGCAUUUCAAGAACCAUUUGUCAAAAUGUUGUAUGAUAUAGUAAAAAACAUAAAACCUGACAGAAGUUUAUCAAAAUGUUUCCUAGCACCAUUCAAAUGGAGUUGUUUGCUUACUCCCUACAUCUUUGCCAAUCAAAAGGAUCAUCAAUUGUUGAAGAAGUUUGUUUAUUCUCAGUCUAUCUUACUUUGUACUGUUUUUGCUGGAUGUUCAAGUGUCCAAGUUGCCUCAAAGAAAUGGUUUCAUAAAGCUCUUAAACAAAAUCCAGAUGCUAUGUCGUCUUACUUGGAGGAAAUAUUCUCAUCAAAUCCCUCUGUUGUGUAUUUACGAACUAUGAGUGAAAUAUUUAGCUUCUGUUGUAAAAUGGAGCAUGGCGACAUCUUCCAUACAUACAAGGAAAAAGCAGUUGAUCUUUAUGUAAACAGCAUCUUUACUGGUAAAAAAAGAGCAAGUAUAUGCCAUUUGAGAGACAGUUCCCCACUUCUUUAUCUUCUGAAUCAUGAAGAAUUUGCGGAUAAAAUUUUACCUGUUGUUCAAAAGUCAUUACUACGGAAUCCUGAGUUGGUUAUUGCUGCGGUUAAAUAUCUCAUUAAAGAUGUUUCAAUUGACUUAUCACGUUAUGUCACAGUUCUCUGCAAGACUUUGACAGUGCAUCUUCAUGCUAAAGAUGUAACCAUUAGGGAAGAAGCAAUUUUAUGUUUUGAAAAUCUUGCUCAACAAUGCAGUGAUUGGAUGGCUAUUAAAGAAAUUAUUGAACAAUUAUUUGAUGUGUUAAAUGGUCGUGAGGGCAAAUUGACUGUCUGGAAUGAUCGUCUUGCUGUUUUAAAAGCUAUUGGUUGUACUGAAAAGAAUAUGGUCAACGGUAAUUCUCACCAUGAACAGUUAGCAUGCUUUGUCGUACAGAAAAUGGAAACUGUCCUUCAACAAGAAGGUGAAAUAGUAGCUUGCAUUUACUUUUUGUGGUUGAAAAAAAAUUCAAAAUAUUUUUUAUUUAAAGUCAACGAAAACGUAGUUUUUGAGGCUCUGGUAGUUUUGCAACGUUGGUGCUUCCAUUUUCACGACAAAGUUCCAAAGAAUCUUUUCAAUAUGUUUGAGAAGGUUAUGGAAAAUAAGAAAACCACUUCAGUUGUUCGUCGAGGAUAUUUAAACUGUAUUGCAGCAUCUUGUUGUGGAAACACUUUGAAUGAAGCAAUGUCAGCAGUUCCACAUAUUUACAAGAUAUUUGAGAAAGCUUUAAGUCAAAGUUAUCAAGCAAACAUAGUAUCCGAGAGCUUGACAUCUUUAUUGUUAUUACUUCAAUUGGUUCAGUUUAAUGUUGAGUUAGAGGAUAAGUUCCCCUCGUUAUGGAGCAGCGUUUAUUGUGAAAAAAGUCAUGUGUUUUCGUCGGCAAAGUUCCUUUCCACUGCGGAUGUUGAAGUUUUCAGACAAUUUCAUUUAAUUCUUGAGCAACUCAUUCUUCGUGUUAACGAUGACAAAGAGAAAGACAGGAUCACGUCACUUAGAUGGUGGUUUUGUGGAUUGUUAUUUACUUUAACUCAUCGUAAUUACAAGAUACGUCAUCUAGGAAAGACAUGUUUCUUAAAACUUUGCUUGCUUGCCUUUGAUGGUGGUAAAUGGUUGCAAUCUAUCCUUCUUAACAAAUUCAGAGAGUUUUUUCAGGAAAAUAUGAAUUUAAACGUUUCGAAUGAUGAAAAACUGGAUCGAAAGAUUCCAUCCAAAAUUUGGAGUGAAGUUUUGUACAAUAUUGUCACCAUUCCCUUAAGUGAUUGCGCGGAUAUUGCAUAUGUUGAAGAAGUUCUUGUUGACGUUCUGCUUGAUUGCCAUCAUCCCUCUUUGGCAAGCACGUCUCCAUAUCUCUGGCAAGAUUUAUUGGAGACAUUAAUAAUUGAUGGCAAGGAUUUAAUACAGAAGAAGAAAGAUAAAAUAUUGAAAGAUCUUUUAUCUAGUGAUAAUUUUGAGAAUUUACCGGCCUGUGUUCGUGUUUUGAUUAAAAUUGGUGAAAGCGUCCUUUUUGAUGAUAUAAUAAACCACGUGAUACAUGUCUUUACCUCGGAAAAGUUUCAAAACGUAACCAAUGAGGAAAUAAGUAUCUUAAAAACUCCUGAAGGCGUUCUCUUUGACAGGUCUAAACUGAAAGAAUUGAAGUACCGCGAGUCGUUGAAAUCUAGUAAUAUUAAACGAGAAUCAAAGGUUUAUUCUUACGAAGAACAACUGGAAGAAAUAGAACUAAGAAAUGAAAUAAUGAAGAAAAAAUGUUUAAAUGAAUAUGUUCAACUGACAAAAAAAGACCGCGAGAUAUUGCAGGCUCAGUUGGCUCAGGAGAGUGAAGUGAGAAAGAGAGUUCAAAAACUAGAUGAAGAAUUUAAACUUGUUUGCUGUUUGGCUCAAUCUACUAUCGCCACCAACCCUCCAUCAUUACGUCAUCACAUUCCAAUUUUAAUCCAAUGUAUGACGUCAUUAUUCCAAUCUCCUCUUGCUGCUCCACACGUUUCUCGCGUUUUUAUGACACUUGGAAAGCAAGUAUUCCCAAGAGAUCAUCAAUAUUUUGGUGAACGGCUUACUUGGUUGAUAUUACAGUUACAUUGCAGUCUAUGUGAACUUGAUUUAAAAUGGUCGGAGAAGUAUCUGAAAGUUGGAGUGGAACGACUUGUGAAUGAUCUAUACGAAAUGAUUGAAGAUAAACUGAGAUCCAAUACUACCCUUCUCUCAACAACAUUUACGUUUUGUUUUCCACUCCUACGUUGUGUCAUCAAAGAUGUUCCUCAGCCAAUGGAACUGGGAACUAAGGAAAAAGUUAUGAUAAUAAUUUCACGGCAUUGCUCAUUGAGGAUGAGUGAACGAGAUAUUGAUGAACGAUACAGUGAGACGUGUGCAAAUAACCUACCCCGUAAAGAUGUUCUUAUUUUAAUGAAACAAAUCAUCGAAACGUAUUCAGAUCAACCAACGGCAUCAAAAAUACACCGUUUGGCUUGCGACAAUAUGGUUGCGUUAUGCGAAUCAGGCAGUGGUGAGGAAAAUUGCACAAUUGCUUCACUUGAAGAAAUUGAGGUCUUGUUGACUUGUCUUCAGUCUCCCAUCUCCAUACUACGUUACAACGCCGUCCAGUGUCUAAAAACGUUAAAUCUCAUUCUUACUCCUAUGGAACCUGAUUGUCAACAAGUUUUCCCUCUUGUUCAACGAGUUUGGGUGGCAAAGUUUGAUGGUGAUCAUUCAACUGCAAAACUGGCUGAUAGACUGUGGACUGAGAUGAGAUAUUACGUACAAGAACGUCUUUGUCAUAAUCUGGUUAGUGAUAUCAUUAGCGACGUCGAUGAUAUCCAGCAAUCUGCCAGUAAUGCAUUGUCAGCAGCUUUAGAGUAUCAUCCAAAUAUUACCGACGAAAUAUUACACCUACUCAUUAAAGUUUACAACGAAAAUCUUGAGAUUCCAGCUUUAAAACAAGACAAUUUGGGGAGAGUAAUUGAAGAAUCCUUUCCUGAUCACUGGAAGAAGAGACGAGGGGUUGCCGUGGCAUUAUUGAAAAUAGCGUCUUUAUUUAAAUAUGAUGAGGCUGUCACAUUGUUUACCUUUUUUGUGACGACUUCAUUGGGUGAUAGAAAUGAGAAAGUUCGUGAUGAAAUGUUAAAUGCUGCAUUAGUUUGUUUAAAUCAUCUGGGAAAGGAAAACACUUCAUCUUUGCUCGCUAUAUUCGAAGAUUAUCUUGAUAUGGCACCCGAUUCGUCUUCACAUGACGUCAUUCGUCAGUCUGUCAUCAUACUGAUGGGAAGUCUAGCAAAACAUUUGGAUAAAGAUGAUCCCAAAGUUCAACCAAUUGUGAUGAAAUUAUUAAGUGCUCUUUCUACUCCAUCACAACCUGUACAAGAGGCUGUUGCAAAAUGCUUACCUCCUCUUGUUCCAGUCAUUAAAGAUGAAGCUUCUGAUAUUAUUAAAAAUUUACUUACUAAGUUACUUGAUUCCACAGUUUAUGGUGAACGCCGUGGAGCUGCUUAUGGUCUUGCGUCUUUUGUUAAAGGUUUGGGGAUUUUAUCUUUAAAACAGCAAAAUAUUAUAACAACUUUACAAAACGCCAUUCAAGAUAAGAAAAACUACAGACACAGAGAAGGUGCUCUAUUUGCUUUUGAACUUCUUUGUCAUAUUUUGGGACGUUUAUUUGAACCAUAUGUUAUUCACGUUCUUCCUUCUUUGUUGUUAUGUUUUGGUGACGGAAAUAAGUUUGUUAGAGAGGCAACAGAUGAUACAGCUCGGGCCAUGAUGAGAAAUCUUAGUGGUCAUGGAGUGAAGCUUGUUUUACCUUCAUUACUUAAAGCUUUGUCGGAAGAUGCUUGGCGAACAAAGACUGGAAGUGUGGAAUUACUUGGUGCAAUGGCUUAUUGUGCACCAAAACAAUUGUCAUCUUGUCUACCAAGCAUUGUACCACGCCUUCUGGAAGUUUUAACUGACCCCCAUUUAAAAGUACAAAAAGCUGCUUCACAAGCUCUUAAUCAUAUUGGAUCUGUUAUUAGAAAUCCGGAAAUACAAGCCAUAUCUUCAGUCCUUCUUGAAGCCCUUAGUCAUCCAACCUCGAAAACAACUGAAGCUCUUCAAGUUUUAUUGAUGACGUCGUUUGUUCACGUGAUUGACGCUCCCUCAUUGGCGAUUAUAAUGCCCAUAAUCCAUCGUGCGCUUGCAUCAAGAUCAACCGAGACAAAGAAAAUGGCCGCCCAGAUUAUCGGCAACAUGUAUUCUUUGACCGAUCAGAAGGAUCUCAAUCCAUAUUUAUCUUCCGUUAUCCCUGGUCUCAAACAGGCUUUACUUGAUCCAGUUCCUGAGGUUCGUGCUGUGUCCGCCCGCGCACUUGGUGCACUUGUCAAAGAGCUUGGGGAGGAAAAUUGUUUGGAUUUGUUACCAUGGCUUAUGGAAACUUUAGUCUCUGAGACUAGCAGUGUUGAUCGAUCUGGAGCUGCUCAAGGUUUGAGUGAAGUAUUAUAUGGUCUGGGUUUUCAUCGUCUUUGUGAAAUUAUGCCAGAAGUAAUAUCAACAACGGAGAAAAUUGACCUUCCUGCUCAUAUUAGAGAAGGAUAUCUUAUGUUGUACCUAUAUCUACCAUCAACAUUUGGUGAUAGAUUCAUGUCUUUUGUUGGAAAAAUUAUUCCAUCUAUACUCAAGGGUUUAUCUGACGAGUCUGAGUUUGUUCGCGAGACUUCCCUAAAAGCUGGUCAACGUAUUGUAAAUCAGUAUGCCAGCACUGCGAUAGAAGUAUUUCUUCCUCAACUGGAAGAUGGACUUUUAAACGAGAACUGGAGAAUACGAAUGUCUUCUGUUCAGUUAAUGGGUGAUCUUUUGUACAAAAUAUCAGGAGUUACUGGAAAGAUGACAACUGAAGGUGAAGAAGAUGAUAAUUUUGGUACAACAUAUUCUAAUAAGGUCAUUAUCGAACGAUUGGGUUUUGAGCGACGUAAUCGUGUAUUUUCUGGCCUUUAUAUGGGCCGUUCUGAUGUUUCAUUACCAGUCCGUCAAGCUGCUCUACACGUCUGGAAAGUGGUCGUUCCCAACACUCCUCGUGUUUUGCGAGAAAUUUUAUCGACGUUAUUUUCUCUCCUCUUGGGUUGUCUUGCAAGCAGCAGCAACGAUAAACAGCAGAUAGCUGCGCGGACCCUUGGCGAUCUUGUUCGAAAACUUGGUGAAAGAAUUUUGCCGGAGAUCAUUCCAAUCUUUGAACGUGGUUUAAAGAGUAACGAACGCGAAAAACGACUUGGUGUAUGUAUUGGCUUAAGUGAGAUAAUUGAAUCGACAUCAAAAGAACAGGUUUUGCUCUAUAUCGACUCCGUUAUUCCAACCGUACGUCAAGCGUUGUGUGAUCCAUUGCCGGAAGUCAGACGUUCAGCUGCCGAAACAUUUAAUUAUCUCUUUAAAAAAAUUGGUGCAAAAGCUUUGAACGACAUUAUUCCAGAUCUGCUACAGCAACUUGCUAUCAGUUCGCUUCAUGAUGUUACUAUGGAUGGUUUACGAGAGGUGAUGGCCGUGCGGAGUAAAGAAGUUCUUCCAUUUAUUAUUCCGCAGUUAAUAUUACCUCCAGUUAGUACUCAAGUUCUCGCAUCGAUAUCUUCCGUUGCUGGUGAUUCUUUAACGGAUUAUUUAGAUGAAAUUCUUACAGCUUUAAUUACUGCUCUCAGCAAAGCUACUGAUGAAAAUCAACUUAAACAGGACUUGGAGAAUUCCCAGACAUUGAUCUUGUCGAUUCACGAUACUCGCGGUUCUAAGAUAAUUCUUGACAUUCUUAUUAAGUAUUCUGGUGAUGUUUCGUUGCAACUAAGAAAGGCUGCCAUGAGACUACUACUAACAUACUGUGCUUGCACUAAGUAUGACCUGCUUCCUUAUAUGCCGUUGCUUUUGCAAUGCAUUUUGAAAAGAUGCAGCGACUCAGAUGUUGAACUUUUAGAGAUCAAUUGGAAUACUCUGGACUCUGUUUGCAAACGUCUUAGUCCGUCUGAGCAAGUUGAACAUAUUCCUCACGUUCGCUGUGCUAUCAAAUACACAUGUGAUGCUGUACAAGGAGAUUUACCCGGAUUUUGUCUUCCUAAGAAGGGUGUUGCGCCUCUUCUGCCAAUAUUCCGUGAAGGCAUUCUAAAUGGACCGCCAGAUGUGAAGCAAGAAGCAGCCGAAGGCCUAGGGCAGAUAAUAAAUUUAACCUCACCAUCCGCAUUGAAACCAUCUGUCAUCAAUAUUACUGGUCCAUUAAUUCGUAUACUUGGAGAUCGCUUUAGCUGGAAUGUGAAAGUUGCUGUGUUGCAAACUUUGAAACUUUUAUUAAUGAAAGUUGGUGGUCAAUUGAGGGCAUUUUUACCGCAACUACAAACUACUUUCAUAAAAGCUCUAAAUGAUGUCAAUAAAACAGUCCGCAUCGAGGCAUCGUCAGCUUUACAACAUUUAGUGCAAUUGCACUCUCGCGUUGACGCACUAUUUAUGGAACUUAAUAACAUGGUGAAAAAUUGUAAGGAUAAUGAGAUAAGGGAAACAAUACUACAAGCAUUUCGUGGUGUAAUUCUAAGUGUUGGGGAAAAAAUGGGUGAAAAUCUUCGUCAUAAUUUAACAACAGCUUUCACAACGCUUCAAUCUCACAGUGAUGAAAGUAUUCGCGUGGCUACUGCUGGCUGUUUAGGAGCAUUAUUGAAAUUUCUUCCUAGAGAACAUCUUUUACAGAUCAUUAAAACAGAUGUUUGUGUGGACGAUGCUACUGUUGAGUGGACAUUACGACACGGACGACUUUUAACGAUGUCAUGUUUAAUUUAUGAUUGCUCGCAAAUACUGGUUGAACUCCAUGUUUUUCAUUCGCUCUUGAGUCACGUGAAUUGUCUUUUGUCCAAUGAUCGUAUCCCUAUUUGUAAAACUGCUAUUCGAUGCUUAAGCUAUGCUGCUGUUAAAGAAACAAAUAGUUUUCCUAAAGAAAUGCUAAAUUCUUUUGUGGAGGGUAUGCAUCAUACGUCGACUGAGAUACGAGUUUUUGCUUGUGAUGCUAUUUAUUACAUAUCUGAAAACACAACUAAUAUUCCUGGCGAGUUUUUAAACUUAACCUUAUCAGAUCUUGUGUCUCUCACGAAGGAUAAAAAUACAUUAAUAAAAUGUUCAGCUGAGAAUGCCUUAUGCUCAAUCAUGAAAUAUGGUAAAGACGAAAGCCACUUAAAGGAAUGUUUUGAAGCUGUCGAAAUCUCCUAUAGAAGUCGCCUUGUAGAAUUUCAAGAGCAGGCAAUUCCUCGAAUCCUGCACAAAGGCAUGAAGAUUACGACAGAACUGGAAAAUCCUUUUCCCUUUUGUUUGUAACUAGUAAGGAACUCAAGUCUCUGCCUGUUUUACUUGCAAUUAAUUGACUAUGAUAAACUUAUAGUACCUGAAGGUUGAAUAACAUAAAAUUUAUAAAUAAUUUGAACAAUGAUAAAAAUUCUUAUAAAAUCAUGA